AUGAUACCUGAUAUUAAUGCACAACUUACAUUCGAUUAUGAUCCAUCAACUUUGCCAGUUUCUACAAAAAAAUCGCAAAAGAAAUGUCAAGAUCGAAAAUCAACUGAAUUGGGAUAUAUAAAUCUAGAUGAAUGGUUCUUUAUAGAUGAAUCCAGUGGACAACUAUGUCGACCAAAAUUAUUACAUCAAUUUUUUCGACGAUUGCUGGAUAAUAAAGACUAUGUUCAUAUUGCUGCGUAUGUUGACAAAAAGCAAGGCAUUUUUAAACUCUAUGAUGGAGAAGCUGUCGCCAAAUUAUGGCAGAUUGUCAAGGGUCGCAAGUUCAAAUCAGUGAUGACUUAUAAGUCAUUAGCUCGAGGCAUCCGUCACUGCUAUAAGCAGAAAAGUCUUCUUAAAAAUCCUAAUCAUUUUACUUUUCAAUUUGGUCCAGCAUCAGGUUUUGGAACAUCAUGGUUACCUGCUUAA